GCGGUGCCGGCGCCCAGGGCCGGAGCGAGCAGGCCGAGCCGGAGGCGCGAGCAAUGGAAGAGUUAAUAGUUGAACUUCGCCUCUUCCUCGAACUCCUUGACCAUGAGUAUCUCACAUCCACCGUCAGGGAGAAGAAGGCAGUGCUCAGCAACAUCCUGCUGCGGAUACAGUCCUCCAGAGGCUUUGAAGCCAAGGAGCACGCCCCACGGCCGGAGAGCAGCAGCCUGCCAGCACCCCCUCAGCUGCCUCUGCCGGAGAUCCCUCAGCCGUGGCUGCCUCCUGACAGUGGACCUCCGCCCUUGCCCACGGCCUCGCUCCCCGAGGGCUACUACGAGGAAGCGGUGCCACUGAGCCCCGGGAAGGCCCCGGAGUACAUCACAGCCAAUUAUGACUCAGACGCCAUGAGCAGCUCCUAUGAGUCCUACGACGAGGAGGAGGAGGAUGGGAAGGGGAAGAAGACGCGGCACCAGUGGCCGUCGGAGGAGGCUUCCAUGGACCUGGUGAAGGACGCCAAGAUCUGCGCCUUUCUGCUGCGCAAGAAACGGUUCGGCCAGUGGACCAAACUGCUGUGCGUCGUCAAGGACACCAAGCUGCUGUGCUACAAGAGCUCCAAGGACCAGCAGCCGCAGAUGGAGCUGCCGCUGCAAGGCUGCAGCGUCGCCUACAUCCCGAAAGACAGCAAGAAGAAGCAGCACGAGCUGAAGAUCACCCAGCAGGGCACCGACCCCCUGGUGCUCGCCGUGCAGAGCAGGGAGCAGGCCGAGCAGUGGCUCAAGGUGAUCAAGGAAGCCUACAGCGGCUGCGGGGCCCCCUCAGAGCCAGAGUGCGCCCCCCUGCCCGGCGCGCCCGUGCACAAGGUGGAGCUGGAGAAGAAACUGUCCUCGGAGAGACCCAGCUCCGACGGGGAGGGCGUCGUGGAGAAUGGCGUCGCCGCGUGCAACGGGAAGGAGCAAGUGAAGAGGAAGAAGAGCUCCAAGGCGGAGGCCAAGGGAACUGUCUCCAAGGUCACCGGGAAAAAAAUCACCAAGAUCAUUGGGCUGGGGAAGAAGAAGCCAUCCACUGACGAGCAGACCUCCUCGGCCGAGGAGGACGUGCCCACCUGUGGCUACCUGAACGUGCUGUCCAACAGUCGCUGGCGGGAGCGCUGGUGCCGGGUGAAGGACGGCAAGCUGGUGCUCCACAAGGACCGGACGGACCUGAAGACCCAUGUGGUCUCCAUCCCGCUCCGCGGCUGCGAGGUGACCGCCGGCCUGGACUCCAAGCACCCGCUCACCUUCCGGCUGCUCCGCAACGGGCAGGAGGUGGCCGUGCUUGAGGCGGCGUCUUCGGAGGACAUGGGCCGAUGGAUCGGGAUCCUGCUGUCUGAGACGGGCUCGUCCACGGACCCGGGAGCCCUGCACUACGACUACAUAGAUGUGGAGAUGUCGGCAAACGUCAUCCAGACUGCCAAGCAGACCUUCUGCUUCAUGAACAGGCGCGCCGUGUCCGCCAGCCCGUACGUGGGGAGCACCUCCAACGGCUACGCCCACCCCAGCGGGGCCGCGCUGCACUAUGACGACGUCCCCUGCGUCAAUGGCGCGCUCAAGGGCAAAAAGCCUCCCAUGGCAUCCAACGGGGUUCCCGGGAAAGGGAAGCCCCCCAGCAGUCAGCAGAAAAAGGCAGAGUCCGCAGCAGGCGUGAAGCGGACGGCCUCCAAUGCCGACCAGUACAAAUACGGCAAGAACCGGGUGGAGGCGGAUGCCAAGCGGCUACAGACCAAAGAGGAGGAGCUGCUGAAGAGGAAGGAGGCGCUGCGGAACAGGCUGGCACAGCUCCGCAAGGAGCGGAAGGACCUGAGGGCUGCCAUCGAAGUGAACGCCGGCAGGAAGACCCAGGCGGCGCUGGAGGACAAGCUGCGGAGGCUGGAGGAGGAGUGUAAGCAGCGGGAGGCGGAGCGGGUCAGCCUGGAGCUGGAGCUGACCGCCGUCAAGGAGAGCCUCAAGAAGGCCCUGGCCGGCGGCGUCACCCUGGGGCUGGCCAUCGAGCCCAGGUCCGGCACAUCCAGCCCGCAGUCUCCCGGCUUCCGGCACCGGACUCUGGAGAACUCGCCCAUCUCCAGCUGCGACACCAGCGACACCGAGGGCCCGCUGCCCGUCAACAGCGCCGCCGUCCUCAAGAAGAGCCAGCCGGCCGCGGGCAGCUCGCCCUGCCGCGGGCACGUGCUGCAGAAGGCCAAGGAGUGGGAGCUGAAGAAUGGGACCUAGAGGAAGGCCAGGGCCCCCGGCCUCACCCAGGGACUCCGCCCGCCCCUCGUGCCACAGCCGCGCUAUAGCCGCCAGCCGGAUGCAGAGUGCCGAUGGACUGCCGAUGCCAGCGGCUCACGCGCAGCCCCCCUACGGUGCCGCGGCACCCCUGAGAGCGCUUCCUAGUAAGACUGGGGUCCGGCUUCAUCGUCAAAACGCAGAAGCGACCAAGGAGCGACCCGUGUCGCACGAGGCUCCUGCGUCGGAUGGAGAAGUCACAGCCUCGGACCCCUCUGCCACCCGGACUGGCCGCCGGCCUCAGGUCCUCGUCCACCCAGACCUCCAGCCCACACGGCAGUGUCUGCACCCGCUGCCGGCCCCCAGCCCCACGGACGCGGUGCGAGCGUUGUGUUGGUGCGGUGCUUUAUCUGCAGGACCUGAGCUGCCAUUCUUUUUAACCUGUGUAGCUCUCAGCCGCGCGGGCGCCGGCCGUGGGCAGCGCGGAGAUGCCCUGGCCGGCCUUCCCGUCCCCGCCACGUUUGCAUUCUUAUCUCGCGUGUGCCCAUCCCCCUCGGCCCGGGGCCCCAGCCCUCCCCCACCACAGCCUCCAGGCUGAGGCUGAUGUGGAGGCCACAACUCCCUUGGAAAGAAAAAAGCACAGGACUCACAGCCACGGCCUGGGCCAGCUUGAACCCCAGAAGGGCCGUUCGAGAGCGCCCCAGGCCACGUGCCUGCCUGCACCCCUGUGCACACAGACCCAGGCCCCAGGUCUCCCCAGCUCCUCUGCCUGCCCUCCGUGCAAUAGCCCUGGGGCCUCCGGUCGCUGUAGGCACGCGCAAGGCCUGGCCCUGCCUGUGCUCUCCAGAGGGUACUUGCCAGAACUUUCCACGGCUGUGCCUCUGUAGCAAGUGUGGGCUUCCCCCGCCCCCUCAAAAGCAGAGAACCCAGCAGUGCUCCACACAAAGCCAGCCAUUCGCCCACAAUCCCGAUUGCAUAGGAAGAGGUUGCAGGACAGAGGCACCUUCAGGGCCUGCCGGGCAGCCUCCUGUCCAUGCCCACGUCUGUCAGGACCGGCUCAGUUCCUAGCACGGCCUCCAGACCGCUGCUGCCUUUGGUCUUCCGUAGAAGCAGGAGAGCGCCCCGGCCGGCGCCCUUGAAUUCACUGCAAAGCCAUUUGCCACGAAGCCCCUUGGCUCCCAAGGGGUCAGCGGUGUCUGCGGCCCUACCCGCAGGGCACUGCCACCAGCAUUUACUAUGGUCCCCGUACAGAGACGCCAGGCACGGGCCAGGUGGCCCCCAGGCCCGUGUCCUCACCAGCCACGGGAAGAGCUCUUCCCACCCCCCUGUGCUCUGAGACCCCUGUGAGUCGGUGAAACCGUGCAUCCUUUCCACCUUCAGGCCGAAUGGAGCUAACCAGACCCAGGCUCCUAGGCCAUGCCAGUCAGCAAGCUGCUUUGCCAGGAGAGCCGUCCUAGGCUUCCACUGCCCGCCGGCGGUGUGGGUCGAGGCGGCGCAGGUGAGCGCCUGUGGUCUGGGGGUGGGGUGCUAGAGCCGCGUCGGCGUCAGCAGGCCCUGCCGAGCUAGGGUUCGGGCCUGGCUCCCAGGCUCCUGACGCACAUGUGUUGCAUUUAAAAUUCAUCUGCUUAUCCACUCCUGUCACCAGUCAUCUUGAAGGAGCGCAGCGGGCGAGACACAUCCUGAGCCCCGCGGCCCGCAAGGGCUCCCGCGGCCCCGCUCGCGCCUCGUCCCGCGCCUCGUCCCGUGUCCGUGCGUGCAUCCGCCCGCCCGCCCGCACUCCCUUCACAUUUCUAGAUUGGAUCAGAAAGUUUGUUUAGUGCAUUUGCUUCAAAGUAAGUUAUUUAUUUGUAUAUGUUCAAUAGCAGAGUUUUAAUUUAUAUGUGUACAUAUGGAGCGCGCCCAGGGUCCCUGCUGGGUUCUGAUGGUGAUCUCCCUCAGUGGCCCUCCCACUGCGUGCCUGGGCGUGGCCCUGGGCAGCCAGGGCAGAGGGCAGACUAGUGCCACUCUGAACGUCUCCAUGGAAGGACCGCCCCGCACCGCCCUGCGCUGCCCUGCGCCGAGCUGUCACUCCACACCCCUCCUUACUUGGUGCUCGCUCCAGUCACACUUUGGAAGGAUGCCCUUGGCGUUUCUUACGUCUUCUAGGAACUCCCCGCCUGGGCCCAGACUUGGGCUCCCCCUGUCACUCCGCUUCCGUGCACUGCACGGUGACCAAUAUGGGUCAGCUGUGUGGUCCUACAUGUCACAGUGGCCUGUAUAGGCCUACCAUGUGGAAUCUUCCAGAACCCUUUCUCUGGGACCCAUGUGACCCCCCACCCCUUUCAGGGCCGCAGUCUCUCCGGCCUGCUCCCUGCAUGCCCCGGGCUGCCCAGCCCAGAUGUCUGCAACAUCUGUCUCUUGUUUGUCCCCAAGUUACUUUGGGCUGUCUCCAAGUCUCCAAGCCCACUCCAGCAGGCUGGAGAUUGGCUGCCCUUGCCAGGCCUGCGCUCGGGCCGCCACCGCCGGAAUCCGCAUGCAGGACUUUAGGGACAGCUUGGCAUGGGCCAGGCAUGGGCCGUGGGCAAAGCUUCUGGUCACGCUCCCUUUCCAGAGAGCAAACCUGCCACCCCCUCCCUGGGGAGGUGUAGCUUCAGCCCAAGGCCCCCUGCUCCCGGGAGACAGCGGGGCAGCCACAAGACAGCCACCUUCCACCCCUGCCCGGCACCACAGCUACCAUGAAAGGGGCAGGAGAAGCAUCAGUUGUGUGCGGGGGGGCUGCGCUGCAGGGUUGGGGGCACGGUGAGCGGCUGCGUGAGCCGCGCCCUGCCGCCUCCCAGCGCCGCCCGCGGGCGCACACCGCACACUGGUGACGUGAUGAAAGCUCUUGCUUUCCCUUCCUCUUUCCUAAAGUAAAUGUUAGGUGGGAGCAGUGAUUGCAGAUCCGUGAGGCAGCCAUUUUGUUCCCGUUGUUCCUUAAUCCUCUGGGCACCGGGUCCACACUGUGAAAUAAACUGACCAUGAAAGCCUCCCUCACAGCGCCCGAGCCGCGGGCGCCCGGCCCUGCGUGGGGAAGACAGCGAGGCUCUGUGUGGCCAGCAUGGGCCCAGGGCGGGAGGGAGGAGGCCUGCCGCAGCCCCCGGGCAGCCCCUGUGCCCCGUGCUCCCCCUGCCCCCCGUGCCGCCUGCAGGGCCUCCGUCAUUUCAGAAUGGGAUGGUGACACCGCGCUUCCCAGGGACCAAAGGUGUUUUGAAGACGAUAAUCUGGUUAAUUAGCUCUCCACGGAGAAGGGAAACAUUCUGCAUUUGAACACCAGCGUUUCCUUAACAGCCCUUCAGAAUUCAUUGACCAUGGCUAGCUGUUGUAAAAUGUCUUCAUAGUAAGAAUGUAAUUAUUUCCUGAUUGUAUUUAAAAAAAAAACCUAAAGUCAUAUUUAAAAUUCUCUUUGAAAGGAGCUGGCAAAGAAACAGGAGAGAUUUUUUAAUUAUUAUUAUUAUUAUUUUAUUAUUGUUAUUAAAUACGUUGCUAGAGCCCAUUAGGAAAAAACGUGAAUAUGUUUUGAGUGUGUUUCUCACUAUAUUUAAUUCAUAAAGGACAGAGUUUUAUGAAGAGAUCGCCAUGAGAUGCUAAUUUUCAGCCUUGACCCCCGUUUAUAGUCUCGCCUUUACUACUUGAGUUUUCUACAGUUUCACACGUGUAGCCUCUGACUGGCGCCCUGUGGCGUGACCCACCUAUUUGUGUAUUCUUAAUAAAACUACUAUGUGGACCAGG